GAUGGCUGAGCGCGGGCGAGCGGGGCGCUAAGGCGAGGCUGCCACACACACACACGCACAUACACACCGUCCUGCGGAAGAGAAAGACAGAGAGAGAGAGAGAGAGAGAGAGAGGCGAGCGGUGUACGGGACGUAACCACUUAGUUGCUGUUCAGCUGGUUUGAAGGCAUACGACUUUUGUCCCCCCUCCCCUUGUCUUUGAAAACGGAUUGGUUUUGAAGUGAACAGCAUCCAAUCUCAGCACGUAGCCUAUAGCUACCCAACUCCGGAGAGGAGAGGCAGGGGGGCCGGUAGAGGACAGCUUGCGCUUCUCAAAGCUACUACAAGACAUGUCACUGCUCUGUGUCGGGGUGAAAAAAGCCAAGUUUGAUGGACCCCAAGAGAAGUUUAACACCUACGUGACGCUGAAGGUCCAAAAUGUGAAGAGCACCACUAUCGCAGUCCGCGGCAACCUGCCCAGCUGGGAGCAGGACUUCAUGUUUGAGAUCAACCGGUUGGAUCUGGGCCUGACGGUGGAGGUGUGGAAUAAGGGGCUGAUCUGGGACACCAUGGUGGGCACGGUCUGGAUCCCGCUCCACAGCAUACGCCAGUCCAAUGAGGAGGGCCCAGGGGAGUGGCUGACUCUGGACUCCCAGGUCAUCAUGGCCGACAACGAGAUCUGCGGAACUAAAGAACCCACGUUCCACCGCGUUCUGCUGGACACACGCUUCGAGCUGCCACUGGACAUCCCAGAGGAGGAGGCUCGAUACUGGGCUAAAAAACUGGAACAGCUCAACGCCAUGAGGGACCAGGAUGUUGAACAGGAGAGACCACUACCGGUACCAGGCACACAAUGCUGUAAUUGGAGUCUAUGGGGAGACCAGCAAAACGAGGACCCGGACAGCGCGGUGGACGACCGGGACAGUGACUACCGCAGCGAGACCAGUAACAGCAUCCCGCCGCCCUUCUACACCACGUCCCAGCCCAACGCCUCCGUCCACCAGUACCCAAUGGGCCACAGCACUUAGCUCCACUGAGAGACUCUACUCCCCCUCCCACCAACAGCCAAGCGACCUGACCACGACCAGCACAGGGCCAUCAGUCCCACUGGUAGCUAUGCUUCGUCUGCGGAGCUGAGUCGCUGCAGCUCCCAACUGAGCGAGGAGUUCGCCGGCGACUAUGGCGAGCGCGAACUCUACGACGAGAAUGACUCCUACCACUCCUGCCACUCGUCCGUCAGCUACAGCAAGGGCUCGCCCGACUGGGACCCCGAUGAGACGCACGUCGCCGGUGCCUACUCGGACGAGGGUGGCUACAGCAAAGAUGGCGGAGAGGAAGGUGCACUGUACGAGGAGGAGGACGGUGACCUCCUCUAUGGUGCGGACAAUCUCUACGAGGGCGAGGAGGAGGAGGUCAUGUACGAGGAUGAGGAGCUGGACUACCCGCUGGACGGCACGCUCAGUGAGGACCAGGAGCCGCCCUACACACCCACGCCCACCGGCACCGCGUCCAGGACGCUCGACGUGCCCCCAGGCGGCACCACCAACACUUCCGCUGUCAACGCCGCCGCCUCUAGGCCCCCACUGGAGAAGCAGGCCUCCAUGCACGAGCCCCACCCUCCACAAGGGCCAACUGCCCCAGGCCAGCCUCCUGCACAGAACCAGGCCCAGGCCCAGGGCCCAGCCCAGCCCGGACCCCCCCGCACUGCCCAGCCUCAGCAGUCCACCAAGCCCCCCACCCAGGCUGCGCCGCCACCACAGCCGACCUCCACGGGUCCCAUCCCCUCCGUCCAGUCCUUCUUCGCCAUGGCCAAGCCGCUAGCCGGGGUGUUCGGUCUGGGCAUGUCCUCUAGCCCUCCCCAGCCCUCGGCACCUGCUCCCAAACCUGCCGCCCCAGCAGGCCAGCCUCCACCUAUAGCCCAGCAGCAGCAGCAGCAGGCUCCACCAGGCGCUAAUGCUGGACCAGCUGCCCAAGCUAAUGCAGCUCCUGGUGGGCCUGGUGGUCCAGGGCUGCCCACUGGUGGUCAGUUGAAACCCACAGGCUCCACAGGCCAGCUGGCUCCAGCCCAGGGCUCCCCAGCUGGACAGGGAUCCGUGGGGCCCACGACAGCUAAACCCACCACUCCUCCCUCGGAGGAAUCCCAGUUCAGAGAGGAGCCCCCUCUAACUGAUGAGCCGCCUCUCACAGAUGAGCUACCGCCCCUGGAGGAGGAGGAGGAGUACCCGCCGGAGCUAAGGGAAAGCCCCCUUCGAUCCCCUACAGCAGAUGCUGAGGCUGAGCCACAACCGGAACCAGAGAGUGAGCCGGUGCCAGAGGAGCCACGGGAGCCCGUGGACCCUGCGGUCCGUGCUAAAGAGAACUGGCUAAGGAUCUUCAACAAGGUCCGCCAACAGCUGCAGGAGGAACGUGGAGAAACUUCCCAGUCUCUGUGGUUUAAAGGGGGCAUGAUGGGAGGGGCAUUAUACAGUAUUGACAGCAUGCCGGACCUGCGCAAGAGGAAGGCCAUCCCACUGGUCAGAGACCUGGCAUCAGGCAUCAUGUCUCUAGUCCAGAACUCACGCAAAGCAGGCAUCACCUCUGCCAUGGCCAGCAGCACUCUAAACAAUGAGGAACUGAAGAGCCAUGUGUACAAGAAGACACUGCAGGCUCUGAUCUACCCCAUCUCCUGCACCACGCCACACAACUUCGAGGUGUGGACGGCCACCACGCCCACCUACUGCUACGAGUGCGAGGGCCUGCUAUGGGGCAUCGCCCGCCAGGGCAUGCGCUGCUCCGAGUGCGGCGUCAAGUGCCACGACAAGUGCCAGGACCUGCUCAACGCAGACUGCCUACAGAGAGCAGCGGAGAAGAGUUCUAAGCACGGUGCGGAGGACCGGACACAGAACAUCAUCAUGGUUCUGAAGGACCGCAUGAAGAUCCGCGAGCGGAACAAGCCGGAGAUCUUCGAGCUCAUUCAGGAGGUGUUCGCCGUGGAGAAGGGAAUCCAUGGAGCGCAAAUGAAAACAACCAAACAGAGUGUGCUCGAUGGGACCUCCAAGUGGUCCGCCAAGAUCAGCAUCACAGUGGCGUGUGCGCAGGGUCUGCAGGCGAAGGAUAAGACCGGCUCCAGUGACCCCUAUGUGACCGUACAGGUGGGCAAGACCAAGAAGAGGACCAAGACCAUCUACGGCAACCUCAAUCCAGUCUGGGAUGAGAGCUUCCAUUUAAUGUUGCGUGUGUUGGAACGAGGGGCGAUGACUUAUCAAGUCCGUGUGAAACAGCGCUUAGAGUCUGACGACUUCCUGGGUCAGACCAUCAUCGAGGUGCGCACCCUCAGCGGAGAGAUGGACGUCUGGUACAACCUUGAUAAGCGUACUGAUAAGUCAGCUGUGUCUGGAGCAAUCAGGAUGCACAUCAAUGUGGAGAUCAAAGGAGAAGAGACUGUGUCCCCCUACCAUGUGCAGUACACAUGUCUACAUGAGCACAUCUUCCACUACAUGACGGAGGAGAAGAAUGCUGGGGCAGUGGUCAUCCCAGGCGCCUGGGCUUACGAUGGCCUGGAAGGUGAGUCCAUCUACCAGGCCAUGAGUCAUUUUGCGUGCCUGUCAUCUAAGUACAUGUGCCCGGGUGUCCCUGCGGUCAUGAGCACGCUACUGGCCAACAUCAAUGCCUACUACGCCCACACCACCCAGUCCUCCAACAAUGUCUCUGCCUCCGACCGCUUCGCUGCGUCCAACUUCGGGAAAGAGAGGUUUGUGAAGCUCCUGGAUCAACUGCACAACUCCCUGAGGAUUGACCUCUCCAUGUACAGGAAUAAUUUCCCUGCCAGUAGUCCAGAGAGACUGCAGGAUCUGAAGUCCACAGUAGACCUGCUGACCAGUAUCACCUUCUUCAGGAUGAAGGUCCAGGAGCUGCAGAGUCCCCCAAGGGCGAGCCAGGUGGUAAAGGACUGUGUGAAGGCCUGUCUCAACUCCACCUACGAGUACAUCUUCAACAACUGCCACGAGCUUUACGGCCGGGAGUACCAGACCGACCCGUCAAAGUCGGCUUCUUCUGAGGAGCAGGGACCCAGCAUCAAGAACCUGGACUUCUGGUCCAAACUAAUCACCCUCAUCGUGUCCAUCAUUGAGGAAGACAAGAACUCAUACACACCCUGCCUCAACCAGUUCCCUCAGGAGCUCAAUGUGGGGAAGAUCAGCGCUGAAGUGAUGUGGAACAUGUUUGCUCAGGACAUGAGAUAUGCCAUGGAGGAGCAUGAGAAGAACCGUCUGUGUAAAAGUGCUGACUACAUGAAUCUGCACUUUAAAGUCAAGUGGCUCUAUAACGAGUACUGUAAGGAGCUGACCACCUUCCAGAAAAGGGUUCCAGAGUAUCCUGCGUGGUUCGAGCCAUUCGUCAUCAUGUGGUUGGAUGAGAAUGAGGAAGUGUCCAGAGAUUUCCUCCAUGGGGCCUUAGUGAGGGACCAGAAGGAUGGAUUCCAGGUGACGUCCGAGCACGCUCUGUUCUCCUGCUCUGUGGUGGACGUCUUCUCCCAGCUGAACCAGAGCUUUGAGAUCAUCCGCAAGCUAGAGUGCCCUGACCCACAGAUAGUGGGCACCUACAUGAAGAGAUUCGCCAAGACAAUUGGCAAUGUCCUUCUAUCCUAUGCUGACAUCAUCACCAAGGACUUCCCUAAUCACUGUUCCAAGGAGAAAGUGCCUUGCAUCAUCAUCAAUAACAUCCAGCAGCUCCGAGUUCAACUGGAGAAGAUGUUUGAAGCCAUGGGAGGAAAAGAUCUGAACGUGGAGGCCAGUGACUUUUUGAAGGAGCUGCAGGUGAAGUUGAAUAAUGUGAUGGAUGACCUCAGCCGAGUUUUUGCUGUCAGUUUCCAGCCCCACAUCGAGGAGAAGGUGCGUGAGAUGGGAGACAUCCUGAGCCAGGUGAAGGGCACCAAUGUCCCUGCCAAUGGCAACGGCAGCAUUGCCACAGAUGCAGACAACGUGCUCCAGCCCAUCAUGGACUUCCUGGACAGCAAUCUGUCUCUGUUUGCUAAGAUUUGUGAAAAGACAGUACUGAAGAGAGUCCUUAAGGAGCUGUGGAAGUUGGUCAUGAACACCAUGGAGAAAACCGUCGUGCUGCCCCAACUCACUGACCAAACGAUGAUUGGCACACAACUCAUCUUUAAUGCUGCCAAGGAGCUGGGUCAGCUCUCCAAACUCAAGGAGCACAUGGGACGAGAGGAGGCCAAAGCCCUGUCACCCAAACAGUGUGCGGUCAUCGAGCUCGCCCUGGACACUAUCAAGCAAUACUUCCAUGCGGGUGGAGUGGGUCUGAAGAAGACCUUCCUGGAGAAGAGCCCUGACCUGCAGUCUCUGCGCUACGCCCUGUCCCUCUACACGCAGGCCACCGACAAGCUCAUCCGCAAGUUCAUCCAGUCGCAGCACACUCAGGUCCAUGGAGGUAAAGGUAAAAGGUACACAGCCAACGAGGAGACUUUACCAGAGAAAGCCUCAGGAGUGGAUGACCAGGUUGGAGAAGUCUGCAUGAAUGUAGAGCUCUUCACCGACCCAGGAAAUGGAGCCAACAAGAUCAACAUCAAAGUGGUGUCAGCCAAUGACCUGCGCUGGCAGACCCGUCCGUUCCGUCCAUUCGUUGAGGUCUACAUCAUUGGUCCUCACCUGAGCGAUAAGAAGCGCAAGUUUGCCACCAAGUCCAAGAACAACAGCUGGUCGCCCAAGUUCGCUGAAACCUACCAGUUUACCCUGGGUACAGAGCUGGGCCCGGAAGACUAUGAGAUGCAGGUGGCGGUGAAGGACUACUGCUUUGCGCGGGAGGACCGUACAGUGGGCAUGACCGUGCUGCAGCUGAGGGAGCUUUCGUCACGCGGCAGCGCCACCUGCUGGCUGCCGCUGGGCAAGCGUGUGCACAUGGACGAGACCGGCCUCACCGUGCUACGCAUCCUCUCGCAGCGAAACAACGACGAGGUUGCCAAGGAGUUCGUCAAGCUCAAGUCUGACCAGCGCUCUGCCGAGGAGGGACGCGCCAGCUAAGGGGCAACCGUCGCCACAGCAACAAGACCCCCCAGCCAUGCCCAUCACCUGAUGGACGGCCCAAUGACCUUUGACCUUUCUUGAUGCCACCCCCGAACUCCCCGCACCUUACGUUACCCCUGAUUCCACACCACUGGGUUCUGUUGGGGUCGGGGGUGGGACAGGACAAGAGGGCUCAAAAGGUCAUAUCUGCCCCUGGUGACCUCUAGGGGUUGCCCCUGGCAACAUUCGAGAAUAUGUGCAAUACACACGUGGAUGCAUUCUCUAUCUCUCUCACACACACACACACAUUCACACAUGGACACGCGCUACGCACACACACACCAGUGGAGCUCAGCUCAGUAAGUCAGUGCACCAUCUCAGUUGAGAAUGGGUUGCCAUGGCAAUACUUUAAUCCCUGUAUUUUAUAAAUAGAUUUAUUUGUUUUCUUUAUUCUUUGACUUCUUUUAAUCACAGGGCUACUACCAUUAUGAGUUAACAACAAACAUUGAUAAAGAAUUAAUAAUUAUUUAAUAAAUACAAGCCACUCUCCAGCUAUUAACAUCUGCUAAUAAUAAUAAUAUGUUAAUAACUGGGGUGCCACUCAGCUUGCUGUCUGGCACUGAAAUGUAACUAGCAAUGAGUGUGUGUCUCUCUCUCUCCUGAGCACUGUGGACGGCCCAGCACUCUGGCUCCCCGCACACUACCGCCCCUCUGCCCUCUGGACCCUCCUGCUUCGGACUGCUCUGCCUCAAGCACAGAAACACACCCGCUCCUGCCACUGCCCCGAUUCCCCACCCUCUGGACACACACACAUAUACUGAACUCUCAAACCACUUCCUGAAAAAGAACCCUAGGGGUGGGACUUUUAUUUUGACAGAAAAUGUACUUGGCCUUUUUUUUUGCAUGUUCUAUGGUAUAGCCACAGCCUUGCCACAUCCUGUGUGUUCUCUCUUGUCUGUGUUUGUGUGUGUGUGUGUGUGUGUUCUCUCUGUGCUGUUCUUCUCUGUUAAUUAAUGUCCUUCAACAUUGUGUCUUUUUUCACCUGCUGGUUUGCUUCCUCAUGACACAUACACACACACACUUUAUUAUAUCUCUACUAAAUCUCUUGUUCUUGUACAGACACACACACACACACACACACACACACACACACACACACACACACUCUCUCUCUGUAGGUGCCUCCCUCAGCUGCAGGCUCUGUGUUGUGUGUCAGCAUGCUGUGCUUCUGCGUGCUCUGAGAGAUCCAGCCUGGUGGAGAGAUGCUCCCUCACUCACACUGUUUACUGCUACUGGCCUGUUUACUACACCUGGUUGUUUGUUUGUUUGUUUGUUUGAUCGCUUCUUUGUGUUUGUGUCUUGGUCUGUGGGUAAAGAACAGCCCAUAGAUAAAUGCUGAUUGUGUCCAGUUCCAUGGCACUGCUUUGCAACAGAGACUGACGCAGCAGGGUGAGGGUCACUGAUGCUCUGGACACUGUAGAAGGAGGUGUAGGAGAAUGAGGAGGAGGAGGAUGAGGAGGAGUACUCAAUGCGGAAGGCCAGUCAUGGGAUCAGGCUGAAGAACAGUCCACGCCUGUUGCCAAAGUCCUGUUACAGAUUGAAUUCUUCUCAUGAAUUUAUGGCAGAAUGUUACCUUUUUGAGGAUAUCACAAAGAACACAAGGGUCACUGCUGGGAAGAGAAGAGAAAGACACAGAGAGAGAGCCAGUGUGCAGUGCUCUGGCCCUGGACCCGUCCCCAGCUCAGCCCCAAGCCUGGGAGUUUUACCCCCCUCCCCCACCCAGAAACCACCCAAUACCCCCGGCCCAUCAGACUUUGGGCCCAUCAGUGAGACAGCAGCACUCAGCAGAUGGACGACCUGACCAUAGAGGAAGCCAAUAGCUGUGCAUGACAUAAAGAUCGCAUGAUCUCACUAUGUGCUCAGGUAUAUGCAAUUGUGUGUGACUCCUGGUUAGGCAAUAUAUACAUUCUUGCGCACUCACACACACACACACACACACACAUUUCCCAAUUAGCCAUAUGCUAGCCCACUCUGCCUGCUGAUGUGUAGUGAAGUCUGGUCUUCUUCAGUUGGAUUUGUUGUUUAUCAUCUUGUUUUCCACAGAGUCUUAAAGCAAUACUGAUCAGAGCCUUUGCUUGGGUACAGAAAGAGUCCCAUACUGUUGAUUGAUGGGAGCGUAAGCGAGUGAGGCCUCAGAUUAUGGUCAACCCUAGAGUGGAUCCAGCCUCGAUCUGGUGCAGGCCUGGCUAUGUUCUGGCCCAGUUCCGCUGCCCAGUCGGCUGAGGUUUUGGUGCAGGAGGACCAGCAGGAUGACGAGGAUGUUUGAGCUCGUCUUCUCUAAGAUGUCUCUGUCCAGUGGACAGCCAGUCGUCACCUUGUCCUAGGAGUGAUGUGUUCUGUUGAAGAUACCCCAACUGUCUACUGUCCUGUCAUGAUCUCUUCAACGGUCUUCAAAUGUUUACAGUGCAAUAUAAAUAGUGAUGAAAUUAGCACAAUAAUAAAAAAAAAAUAUAUACACACAUUAUGAAGAGUUUGGUUCCAAAACGCUAUAUAUCCAUUUUUUUUAAAACAUUAAUAAGUCAUGUUAUUUAAUUGUGUAUGUUAUUUAACAUGUUGUUUAAUUUGCUGUUGUGUUGUUUUGAUUAAGUAAAGAUAAAUCAAAUAGAAAUAACCCAAUUACAGUUCUACUGAAAUUACCUGGAAAACAACAUUUUAAAACAUUAUUUAUGAAAAUGGAGGAUAUAGCGUUUUGGAAACAAACUCGCCAAUAUAUAUAUUUAUAAAAAAAAAAAUAAGUGGAAUUUUUAGGAAUAGUGCAAAUUCCACAAACCUUUGUCGGUAUAGUUACUGCUGAGUCUUGCAGACAUUCUAGAGUGUUUACUGAUUCUAGAAUGCCUUCUAGAAUGUGUUGUCUCGACAGAGUUGGAACUGUUAACUAACUUGGGGGCAGGCGACUCUGGGGCAGCCUUGGGGUUGACCUGUCCUCCUGGAAGACUACCAAAUAUCCACGGCACCGGAAUGUCACUCCUGCAGUGAGUAGUAUAGGCCUUCAUGUUGGGGUAGACUUGAAACUGUCUCGGUGAAAUUUCCCUGGCUUUAACAUAGAGACAGUAUUCUAACACCCAUCACGUACACGCACACACAUAUACACACACGCUCAAGCACAAAAUGGGCACGGACAACACAUAAAUGCAUGCAUGCAUGCACGCAGAAAUGUCACCAUGACAACUCAGCGUUGCCCACCUUGUGAAUAGACCUAAGUGCAUGAUGGGAAUUCCACUUCAGUGCCAGCACGCGUCUGUGAUGUUACCUGCCAACUACCCAAUGAUUGCUUGGUCUUUCUUUUCACCUUUAGCUUUGAGUUCAGCGACUCCUGUUACCUGUUGGACUUGCCCCAGAGGUGACUUUUUUUCUCCCCGCUUGUGACUUCACGUUCAGCAUUUGUUUCUGAAUGUAGCGCAGAUAUAGAGGAUUGCAUGAGAGGAUCUUUUUAUACUGAGGAUGUUUCUAAGUUUUUUAAUUCUCGUUAUGAUUAUUCCUAUCACGGAAUGAGGAUGGGUGUCUGCUGCAUUGCUUCCUAUUAAUAAUAAAAUAAAAUAAUUAAAAAAAUAU